AUGGCUAAACAGGAUCAUGUUAAUAAUAUUGAGAGUGAGAUGACAAAAUUAACAAAAGAAGAGGCACGAAUUAAACUAAAGGAAUUCUUUCAAUCUAAAAAGCUAAAUAAUCGCUUAAAAUGGGAUGAUGUACUAAAAAUAGUAGGAGGAGAUCCACUAUAUCAACAAUUUAAUAUUUUAAGUACAGGAGAGAAACGUCAAUUAUGGUCUGAAUAUCAAAGCCAAGCUGCUAAACGUCAGAGAGAAUUAGAUAGACAGAGGAGAUCUGAUGCAAGGAAGACUUUGGAUAAGGAAAUUGAAAGCUGGAUACAUAAAAAUCCAAGACUUGUUUUAAAGUUUGCAGAAUUUGCAAAGGAUAAUUAUAAUGAAUGGUGGUGGAAAUAUACUAGUGAAAAGGAGAAAGAUGAUAUUUUUCAAGAUACUGUUGAAGAUUAUUAUGCUAAACUAAAAGAAAAUAGGAAAAUAAAUAAAUCAGAAAAUAUGAGUAGAUGUUUGGAGUUAUUCAGAAGUGAUGAAGAUAUUUUACAUUAUAUUGAUGAAUAUACGGGAGACUACUAUCCUAUGAAAUAUCUAUAUAAGAAUAGAGUAAAUAUAUUAACUCAAGAUUUCACAGGUAGAAAUAUUUGGGAAUUUAUUUUAUCUAAGUAUAUGAAUAAUGAAAUUCUCAAUUCUGUUACAUUGACUGAUGCUUUAGAAAUUUAUAUUAAUAUCCAGAAAUCAUGUAUAAAUAACAUAAAAGAAGAUUUAUGUAUGAUUAUGGAGAAGAGACAAGUAGAACUUCGGAAUGAUUUUUGGAGGAUAAUUAAGGAAGAUAUUAAGGCUGGAAUUUUAAUACCAAUAACUGAAACAAAUAAGAACCAUUUUACUUUUAUAGAGAGAAAGGGGAAGUUGAGAAAUACUAAUUUUGGUGAUAUAUAUAGAAAUAUUAUGAAAAGAUUUGGGAAAUUAAAUAGUAUACAGGAAGAUUAUAUGAAUUUUAUAUUAUGGCACAUUUCUAUUCCGACAGAUCUCAAAACAAUUUGUUUUAUUUUAAAACACUCAGUUAAUGGCAAAAAAAUUUAUGGUAUAACUUUAUUUACAUAUAUUAUGAAUUUAUUUCAAAUAGCCUACAAUAAUAUACAAAAUCUAAUACUUAGAAAACUUAAACAAUAUUAUAUAAAGCUAAACACAUUUGAGGAAUUUAAAGAAUUUGUAGAUCUUAAAUGCAAUAUAUCUUGUGAGAAUCUACUUGAAAAUAUUGAAUAUAAAACUCCUUUUGACUUUGAAUUUUUAAUAGAUAUUUUUCUUCCAAUAAUUUAUAAAGAAGAAACCUUGAAUGAUAAUACUGAUGAAAGCUUGAGUCCCAAACAAUAUGAGUCUGAAUAUCAAAGAGAAAAAUAUAAACAUGAAGGUAGAAGUGAAUAUACAAAUACUAAAGAUUAUUGCUCUAACCAAAAGUACAAUAAACGAAGCACAUAUACAAAAGAGAAAAGAAGCAAAAGAUAUUCAGAACAUUCUUUAUCUCCCUAUUCAAAAGAUUACUCUUAUAGGCAUUCUUAUAAGAAAUCAAGGUCUAGAUACAGAUCUAAAUCCCCUUCAGAAUAUAGAAGACGUUCAAGAUCUCCUUAUUAUAGAUGA